GAAUCUGUCGGUGCAAAGCUUUCAGCCUCGCGAGGAAAAAAACACACUAGGACUCGACAACGCUCCCAACCAGCCUUGCUACGACGCCGCCGCCUUUACUUUGCUUCGCCCGCAGCAGCAGCAUCCAUUUUCACGCUGCUCGAAACAGACACCACUCUUGCGACCUGAGGCUCUCUCUUACGUUUGAUACUCGAUUACAGCCGGAUUGUUCCUUCCAAUCUUACCUAGUUGCUCACUGAGGUCUGUGGCUAUAAUAGAAUCAAAUGACGGCUGCGACGUUUCGCGUACCACUCAUCGCGUGACUGUCGGUGAAUCGGCGUAUCCUGAGUCCUGACCACUGUCGGCGUAUCGGCUCGUGACGGCGCUAUAAAAGGACUGCUCGUUAUUUCAAUAACAGUCAGUUAGUCGACCCGGUAGUCGAAACUUGUCUUUUUUCCUCAGCGAGGAAUCCGGUAGUGACUGCCUCCCACUUUUCAUUGGGUAGUGAUUUGCGACGCAGCCCCCUUGACCCAGCUUCCCACGUCCCACGACCCACUUGCCAGUUUCCGUUAACGACUCGGUCACCGAGUGCACGACUCCGUUGACGCAUUCCGUGACAUCAUUCGAACAACCAUGGCGAUGACUUCCAUGCAUCCGCGGCGCGGACUUCCCACGCUCGUCAUUCCGACCUGCGGCGGCCGCAAGUCACGCUCUAUCCACCGUGACGUUCUCUACCUCGGCCCAACCCCGCCAGCCUUGCUCCCGCUCCUCCUUCUCCUGUCACUCGUCGCGUCGGUGCUGCUUCCCGCCGCCACCGCCGCAGCAGCAGACAGUUCCUCGCGCGACAACUGGGCCGGCGGAACGCCCGUCCAGGCGGAGUCUCUCGAUAUAAGCACGUCGUUCGGCGUGAGCACCGACCUCGGUGUAGGAACGGAGCUGGUUUCUGCUUCCCCCCUAUCCGUGAAAUCCGCGUCUGCUGUCGACGGUUCAGAUCGCACGAUCGAUCUCAUGGCGAUGACGGCAGCGGCCGGCAAGGGGAAAACUUCUGGCACCGGCAAAUCCGCCGGAACAGGCGCGGCCGCGGGGUCGGGCGCGGGGACGGGCGGGAGUAAGGGAACGGGAGCGAGCGCGGGGAAAGGAACGGGGACGCGCGCGGGGAAAGGGACGGGGACGGGCGCGGGGUCGGGCGCGGGGAAAGGUACGGGGACAGGUGCGGGUAAAGGUACAGGAACAGGCGCGGGGAAAGGUACGGGGACAGGCGUGGGUAAAGGUACGGGGACAGGCGCGGGGAAAGGUACAGGGACGGGAGCGGGUAAAGGUACAGGGACAGGCGCGGGGAAAGGCACGGGGACAGGCGCGGGAAAAGGUACGGGUAGUGGCGUGGGGAAAGGUACAGGGUCAGGGACGAGGGCGGGGGCGGGGACGGGGGCGGGAGCGGGGAAGGGGACGGGGACGGGGACGGGGGCGGGGACGGGGGCGGGGACGGGGACGGGGACGGGGACGGGCGGGGACGGGGACGGGGACGGGGACGGGGACGGGGACGGGGACGGGGACGGGGACGGGGACGGGACGGGGACGGGGACGGGAGUGGGGACGGGGAAGGGACGGGGAAGGGGAAGGGGACGGGGACGGGGACGGGGACGGGCAAGGGUGCAGGUGCAGGGAAGGGAACCGGCGCGGGCAAGGGGAAGGGGACGGGGGCGGGAAGCUCAAGGGGUUCCGGAUCUGGCGCGGGGAAAGGCACGGGCACGGGGACAGGCGCUGGCUCGGGAACGGACGCUGGAUCUAAGUCGGGAAGGUCCUCGGGGGACGGCGGGGAUCUUGUCCGCGGAGGGGGGGGCGGAACGGGGAGCGGGGCGGGGAACGGGACGGGGGGCGGUGGGCAAACGGGAAGCGGGGGGACGGGGAGCCAGACUGGGAGCGGAGGGGACGCGGGCAGCGGAGGGCAGUCGAGCGGAGGGGGCGGAGCUACCAGCGGAGGCGGAGCAGCAGGCUCCGGAGGCCAAGCGCCAGGCGGAGCGCCGGAGUCUAACCUGACGGCGGAGCAGCAAGCAACACUGGCCAUAGUGAACGAGGCUUUAAGGUUUUUGUACGAGCGGAAAUUCACAGGAGCUGCAACGGGGAUCCGAGCAAGCGGUUUGAACGAGACACUUAUGAAUACACUGCUCACCGGCAACGUUACGAUAUUUGCACCAACCAAUGGAGCGUAUUUCCGCAUGCCCAAGAACACACGCUUCGGUGGACUGCAGAGGAAGAAGGCCAUUCUGUGGCAGGUGAUGGCCUAUCACGUGCUGCCACGUCGGAUGGAGUUCAACGACCUUAAGGCCCUUGGGAAUGGAUUCUUGCUGGAAACACUCGAUAAGAUUCCGUUGAAGAAGAACCAGACUGACUCUUCGUUGCGCAUAUCCAAGGCAGAUGACUCUUGGGGGGCCCGAGUGGUGCUUCCAAACAUGUACAUAACCCCGUCAAUCGUCAUUCAUGGGGUCGAUACCGUGCUCUUGCCGACAAAAGUCAAGAACAAUGGCACAUGGACAUCGAUAUAAUAAAGGCGUCCUUCUACGAUGGUUAUUUGUGCUGCAGGUUGACGUGGAUUGUGUGUAUGCAUAACUUUUCGGUUGUCUAGUCUAGUUGUAAUGGCCCUUCCUUUUGCUAUUGUGCUGUCUGCACAACAUCGAAUUGCUGAGGCAAUCUA